AUGUUACAUAAGAUUUGGCAAAAACUUAAAACAAGUCUAAAAAUACGAAAAACAAAGCGUGGACAUACACCUAAUAUUCCAAUUAAUGAUGUGAUUUUAGUUGUUGGUGGUGGUACUGUGGACGAAGCUAUUCGAAUUAAAAUGGCCUUUUCAUUAUUGAAUUUGGGACCAAUGCAAGAAAUAAUUAAAUUAUUUACAGAUCCUGAUGUUAACUAUUUUUAUCAUCAUCUCUUGUUUCGAACAAUUAUUAUACAAUCAAUAACAAAAGAUACAAAACAAGAAGAAGAAGACGAAGCAGGAAUUGAAGAAGAAAAAGCAAUUAAGGCUAUUGAUCGUGAACCAACAUCAAUUACUGAUACAAAAGAUCCACUUUCAGCUGAAAGUCAUGAUGAAAUAAAAGAUAUGAGUGAAAAUGAUGAUGAAAUGGUGGAAACAAGUGAUACGAAUGAAGGGGAAACAACAGCUCCGAUAACGGAAUAUAUGGUUGAUUAUCCUUCGUUAGAAUUGGAAUAUUGUUGUAUUACUGAUGUAUUAAAUAUGGAUAUCCUUUGGACGUCUCAUAGUAAAAAAUUUUAUAUGGCAACAAUGAAAGUCAAUUUGAAACCUGGUUUAUCUUCACUAUAUAUAUGGAAAAAAAAUGAACAAGAAAUAAAUGAAUUUUUAAAUAUAGCUACAUUUGAUGAACAAGAAAAAUUCCAUGAAAUUUUGCUCUUAUUAUCAAAUAAUCCAUUGUAUUGUUUUCCACAUAUUGUAUGGAAUAUUAAAAUUGGUAUUAAUGGUUUCGGACGUAUUGGUCGUCUUAUUUUGCGAUGUGCAAUUCAACAACGUAUUCAAGUAGUUGGCAUUAAUGAUCCAUUUAUUUCUGUUGAUCAUAUGGCUUAUUUGUUUGAAUAUGAUUCAACACAUGGACAUUUCAAGGGUGAAGUUUCAUUUAAAGAUAAAAAACUUAUUGUUAAUGGUCAAGAAAUCAGUGUUUUCAAUGAAGAAGAACCAUCAAAAAUUCCAUGGAAUCAACUCGAUGUUGAAUAUGUUGUUGAAUCAACUGGUUUAUUUACAACAAUUGAUAAAUGUCAAUCACAUUUACAAGCCGGUGUUAAAAAAGUUCUAAUAGCAGAAUCAUCAGCUGAUGCUCCAAUGUUUGUUAUGGGUGUUAAUGAACAUACAUAUACAGAAAAUGAAACAAUUCUUUCAAAUGCAUCAUCUACAACAAAUUGUUUAGCACCACUUGUUAAAGUUAUUCAUGAAAAAUUUGAUAUUAUUGAAGGUUUAAUGACAACUGUACAUUCGUACACUGCUAUGCAAAAAACUGUUGAUGGUCCAUCAAAGAGUGGUUGGCGCAAUGGACGUGGAGCUGUACAAAAUAUUAUUCCAUCAUCAACUGAUAUUGCUAAAGCUAUUGGAGAAGUAAUUCCUGAUUUGAAUGGAAAAUUAACUGGUAUAGCUUUUUAUGUUCCCACACCAAAUGUUUCACUUAUUGAUCUUACUAUUCGAUUAAGAAAAAAUGCUGAAUAUAAAGAAAUUUGUGCUGCAAUUAAAGAAGCUUCUAAUGGUCCAUUAAAAGGUAUUUUAGCUUAUACUGAAAAAGAAGUUGUUUCAACAGAUUUGAUUGGUAAUACACAUUCAUCAAUUUUUGAUGCUAAAGCUGGUAUUUCACUCAAUAAUAAUUUUGUCAAACUUGUUUCAUGGUAUGACAAUGAAUAUGGUUAUUCAAAUCGUGUUAUUGAUCUUAUCAAAUAUAUUGCUGAAAAAGACUAUCGAAACAACCUUGAACAAUUGCUCAAAUGA